CCUUAAUCGUGGUGGCACUCAAGACGCACCUGUACUGUAACGGCGUGUUCGGUUCCCCUCCGCAGAAGGUGUGGAACUAUUGUAAGCAAGUCGUUCUCUGCCUUGCGUUUGCUAGCGGGUGAAAAGUGUAAAUGCUUGCUCGUGCAUUAUACAGACGUGUUCUGGUGUGUAAUUAUCACUUUCUACAUGUAAGAGUAGGAGGCGAAGUGUUCGGUUUGAUCACCUAAUUACAGUAGCAUCUGUUGCAGGAGACGGGCAGAACUCUCCGUGUCCCCGGCUGUUUGUUACAGAUGCAAGAUAAAAUAUACAAAAAAAAACUGAUCGACUGUGACUCCGAGCUCCACUGGACAUCAAAGGCCGUUUCAGAGCCGCUACACUCACGACUUCCUGCGGCCUGAUUGGGCUCUGCGGAUACAGCGACUCUUGUGUUAGCCCUGGGGAGUUCUACCUCGGCACUGUAUGGGUUCUAAACACGAGGAGCCAGGAAGGUGUCUGAGCUGGCCGGAUGAGGAUGAGGAGGAUGGUCGGAGGAGCUGUCACCCCUCCCCCUUCCUCUCCUCAGGCCACAGUAAAGAGGAAGCUGUGGUGAAUAAGUCUUUCUUCACCAUCUCUGUGUCUUCGCGGCUGUGGAUCGGACAGACUUGGUACAAAUCAGACUAUUGCUCUGUAGAACUUUUGCCCCGUCGUGGUCCUGGUGGUGGAUCAUGACUCCGGCAGGUGCGGUGCUCCUCCUCGGCCUCCUGGGGUCUGUCAGCUCGCUGAUGCCUCCACGAACCUCCUUCCUGCUCAACUCUACAGACCGGCCUUUGGUCCAAUUCAGCCUCCGCGACCUCUACAACACCACCACGCUGUUGCUAAGCGACGACGGCUCCACGCUGUACGUUGGAGCGCGCGAUGCCAUCCUCUCUUUGGACGUCAGUCAGAGUGACACCAUCAGCCUGAAGAACCAGGUGGAGUGGAGUCCGACGGAGAGCGACAAAAACAUCUGUGUCAGUAAAGGAAAGAAACGUGAGGUUCACUGUUCCAACUUCAUCCGUGUGCUGCAGCCCAUGAACUCCACUCACCUGUACGUCUGUGGCAGCUACGCCUACGGUCCACAGGAGGCCUGGCUGGACACUGCAGGACAGAACCUGUCUGUGGUUCCGCUCGGCACAGCUAAAGGUCGCUGCCCGUUCAGCCCCUUCCAGAGGAGCGUGGCCCUCAGCGUCGAUGGUGAAGUGUUCACCGCCUCAACGAGCGACUUCAGAGGAACCAAACCUGAGAUCGCUCGACACUUCAGUAAGGACGGACGCCCAGACGUCCUCCAGGACCUGUACGGCAGCUUGCUGGAGGAGCCAGAGUUUGUGGGCUCGUCACUGGACCCGGCAGAGAACAAGCUCUACUUCUUCUUUAGUGAAGUUGGGAAAGAGUUCAGCUACACGAACGAGCUGCGAGUGGCCCGGGUGGCCCAAGUCUGCAAGGAUGACGUCGGUGGACAGCGGACUCUGCAGAGGAAGUGGACGUCUUUCACCAAAUCGUCGCUGGUGUGUCAGGUUUCCAGGCGACUUCCCUUCAACGUCCUCCAGGACGUGUUCACACUGCAGCUGCCUGAUGCCGGCGGCGCCGUACAGACCCGGUUCUACAGCGUCUUCACCUCCCAGUGGUCCUCCGGUCCAGAGUCGGCAGUCUGUGUCUUUAACCUGCAGGACAUCAGGGAUGUGUUUAAGGGGAACUACAGAACCUUUGACUCCAGAAACCACCUAUGGGUCCCAAUGAAAGGAAAACACUCCUACCUGGGAAAAUGCGGGUUGGAGAACGCUACAGACGCUGAACUCAACGAGGUGAAGAAAACUUUUCUGACCAGUCGCAGUGUCGCAGCCGCCGGAAACGGUCCGGUUGUGGUUUCUUCAGAUCACAUCUACAGUCGCAUCGCUGCCAUGACGACUGAGGCGCUGGAUGGGAAACGCUACACUGUUCUGUUUCUACUCACAGAGUCUGGGUUCCUCCACAAAUUGGUUCUGUUUAAUACGGGUCCCCGCAUCAUUGAGGAGGUUCAGGUCUUCAGAGAGCCUCAGCUGGUUAAGAGCCUGCUCCUCUCUUCUUCCAAGGGGGUGGUCUACGUGGGGACGUCUGGCGGCGUCACUGCCGUACCUCUGGCCAACUGCUCCGUCUACAGAACCUGCAGCCAGUGUGUUCUUGCCAGAGACCCUCUGUGUGGAUGGAGUCCAAGCAGAAGAGCGUGCACGGGUCUGGACAGCAGUGAUCCUCUGACUCAGGACCUGGACAAGGGCAACGUGAAGGAGAAAUGUCCACGAGCGUCCACUGGAUUGGACUUGGCUCACACAGACGUGACCGUUCGCUGGGGUGAAUCCGUGCGGCUUCGGUGCGUCAGCCCGUCCAACCUGGCCACGCUCACCUGGACCGGACCUCCCUCCAGCACCGGCCGCACCAUCCAGGCAGCCGACGGCGGCCUGAGCUUCCUUGCCAGCGCCGACACCGUGGGGCGGUACCGCUGCGUGGCGGAGGAGGCCGGCCACGCUGACGUGGUGGCAGCCUUUGAGGUCCAGCUGAUGUCUCCGCGCUCAGUGCGACCCGGUCACGGCGUCAGCGAGCGGGUCGGGCCCAGCAGCACAGAGGAGCCGUACGAGGACGUGGAGACGGCGGAACCGCCCGCUGACCCGGACCUCACCGUGGACGGGGCCGUCACGAACAGCUCCACCCACGGCACGGCCGGCAAACCAGAAGACUUUGGACCAAGCGGUGUUCAGAACCAUGAUUCGGACCUGACCACGGCCUCUUCAAACGACACACACUCGGGGAAGGAGGCGCUCAGACGGGCUCAGAGUCAGAAGAGCUACUUCAGCGAGCUGGUGGCGGUGUCCCUGCUGCUGGUGGUGGUCAGCGUCUGUGUCCUGCUGCUCGGUGGCCUCCAAAUGUGGUGGCGGAGCAGAACCGGCAGGAAAGCCAGUGCCGCGGUCGGUCCAGAGCACAAACCCACGGAGAGCAUCCCCUCCCUGAGUCCCGAGGACGCGGACACGGAGCCGAGGCUGGUGUAGGGAUGGAGCCUCCUCAGCCAUCACAUUCUGUUGUUUGGCUUUGUACUGUAAUGGGAAGGCUCUGAGACCAGUGGAGGACGUUUGGACCGGGCCCACGGUAGAAUCACGUUGAAACCACAGCCGCUGGCUUUCGUUUGCACCUGUCUGAAGGGCUGUUGUUGUCACGGAUACACAGUGUUAUCACGUCGUUGUGUGUCUGUAGCCUUGAAUCUAAACAGUAUUUCCGUAAUUUAUUAGUAAUUACCUUAACAUUAAUCUAAUACGUUUUCAUACCUCAGUAAAAGGCUCCUUAAUGCAUUUGUAAAGUAAAGGCAGAAAAUAUUCAGUAUUUGUUCCUGUCCUGACGAACUGAUUCAUUGUCAUACGGUGUAAUUUUUUUGUCUUGUGUUUUACUGAUGAUAACAAUAAAUGUUUUCAAGGUUUUAA